GCAUUUAUAAUCAAUAAUAUCUCCACUUUGGCUGAUAAGACUACACCAUUGCUGAUUAUGAAAACUCAUCUGUGGAUGUGGCUUAGGAUAUCUGAUUGUAAGCUAACAAGCUGGCGCGGGUAAAGCCUUACAGGAUGGUCUCUCGUGAUUAUCUCUUACCUGUGUAGGCACCAGGUUAUAUAUUUAGGGCCAAGAUAAGCGGAAUCACACGGGUCUGUUGGCUUCAUAUGAGAAUAUGAGAGGGUCUUGAUGAUUUCUAUAUCUGUUAAUUGCUAAGUGCGGUAUAUUGACUUGAUAAUCAUUAAAAAACAUAUUUAAGAAAGGAUUUCUCAGAGCGUAUGAAUUUUGGCUAAUGCGAUCUACUACUUGUACUAGUUACUAUGAGUGUUUAUUUACUUCUGCCAAUACUUAACAUGAAAAUUGACAAUACGUUUUGAGACAACGUAUUUCUUGCCUUUUUGGUUAUUUUUUCAAAGCAAUGGUCUACUUACAGUUGAUUAAUAGCUACAAUGCCUAGAUUCUGACAUCUAUUUUACAAGGAAGGGGACGUAUUUAAAUUCGUUGCGUCUCCUGCUGCAAGAAUCAGCCAAUAUGGUUCCAUUUUUAUUCUGAAUUUACUGGCAGAACGUUACGGCAUUUCAUAUUGAAAACAUCAGAGAAUAAGAUUAUUUUCGUCACAUCUGACAGAAGCGUAAUCUCAAUAAAUAAAACAAAUAGAGACAGAUUUUAGCUUGAAAUUUGGUGACCACGUUUUCCCACCUCUCUUCAUAUAAAAAAAUAAAACUGCCAGAAUAUAGUUUUUAGCGGCAACAUAUUUGAUGCGGUAUAGGGUUUAAGUUUUAUUAAUGGUGUACCAUAGGUUGUACCGCAUGGAAGCGUGGCUACAGACAGCUAUGAAUGCUCGGAAAUAGGAACUUCCAUUUUAAAGCAAGGAGGAAACUCUAUAGACGCGGCGAUAGCAAGCGCUUUCUGCUUAUCUGUCACUACACCUCAUCUUACGGGAUUGGAUGCGGAAGGGAAGAUUUUAUUGUACAACCACAAAUCUAGAGCACCAGCGACUGUUAUAGAUUUCUCAGGACCAUCUGGUACCUCUAAAUACUUACCACGACUUGUACUUGGUUUGGCUUACUUCCACAAAGAAUAUGGUACUAUGAACUGGAAAUCACUGGUGCUACCAGCAGCUAAACUAGCAAGACAAGGAUAUUUGGUGUCCAAAAUGUUGGUACAAGCUGUGUCUAGAGCACAUGCUGAAGAUUUAUAUGGUCCACUGGAGGCUGGUCAAAUAUUACAGCACGAAAAUUUGGGGAAGACUCUCGAAAAGAUUGCAGAUACUACUGAAAAAGAGCUUUAUUCACAUCUGAAUGGCAUUAACCAACCAUCUCAUUCUUCAGCUUUGAAAGAAACUUUUUAUGGUUACAACGUCUAUGUACCCAAUACAUCAACAGGUCUUUUGCUCUUACACAACUUACGGCAAAUAGAACAGCUAAAUGUCACCAAAGAAGAUACUGAACGCCCCGCGUUUGUUUUCAAUGUAGCCAAAACUACGCAAACCGUCUACUUAGAAGAAAAAGUCAGCAAUAAGUUUCAUGAAGGCACUUUUUCUAGUGUUUCCGUCAUUGAUACAGAUGAGCUCUAUGUUUCUUUAGUAACAGGAAUGUAUAAUUCCUUUGGUGCAGGUGAAAUAACGGUGCACGGAUACGUGCCUGACGUCAAAAAUCAAGACAAGGCUUCUAGCAGACUACCAAUAAUUUUGACGGAUGCCACUUACAUUUGUGGCAGAAGAUUAGUAUUUGGUGCUAACACUGUAGGUCAGGCUACACAACUCAUUGUAUCAUUGGUCAUCGCCGGCAAGAAUGCCACAGAUGUUAUUGAAGGACCUAGAUAUCACAUGCAGGAAAAUGGGACGAUAUCUGUAGAAGCAUCCCGAACUCCUGCAUUCAGUGGUGAAUUAAUAAAGACUUUGGAAACAGUUAGUCCGAAGAUUUCUCCAGCUGCAGAACCUUAUCCAAGCAUCAAUAUUGUAGAGAAGCACACAGAUGACCUGAUUUCUCACUCUGAUAGCAGAGGAGGAGGAAUUGCAAGUAGAUAUUAGAUGUUAUCCAAAUAAUUUUACUGGCUGUGAAUUUUGUUACUUAACAUUGUUUUUUAUUAUAAUUUUAUUAAUAAAGUAGUGUUAAAACAUAAUGUAUUACUCAAAAUCAGUAAGAACUGUUUGAAAUAAAGUGGAAAGUAAAUAAA